AUGUUGCCUGACAGUGGCCAAUAUAAAAACUUGGUUGUCGCUAGUUCCUUGCCAAGACCAGCCUCUCUUGUGCUCUUUGCCCCGGACAGACACCAUUCCUUCAUCUCCAACGGCUUCAACACUACAAGACCCAGCGUUCCUACCUCUUUGCGGUGGUCGCCAAUGUCGGCCCCGGCGGCGCCAGUCGCACCCUUCUCCGUGGCCUACCGCCAGCACCCUGAGAAAUACAACGCAAGAGGAUCAGGGACACAAGUGAAGCACGUGGUGACCGACACCCUUGCGCUGAUUGCCAUUCUCUCAGAUCCUGCCAAUUACGCCCCGCUUGAGGCGGAGAAGGCAAUCGCAAAGGAUUGGUAUCGUCGCUCUCACGAGCCUCCUGUUAAUGAGCGACCCUGUGUGACUGAUCGCCCGCAGCCCCUUUGUGUACCUCCGAGCAAGCGUCAGAGCCCACUGCUAGAACUGCCAUGGCAGGAUGAGGGUAGUCCGCACGUUUCCCUUCACUGCGACGUGCGUACUACUGGCUUUGCUUUGGGCGAUCACAGAUAUUGGACCCGCAUCGGCGAUGUCCAGUACCAGCCGUUGUCGACGUUAUUUCGGGGCGACUGCAAAGGGUAUUGUCUCAUCGUGCUAGAUAUCUCUGAUCUGAAUAGCGGUGUUUAG